CGAUCGUUGUCGGUUUAAUCUAUAUAUAUUUUUCAGCGGGACGAGGAGGUGAUCCACAAGGUGUUUCUGGAGCGUAAGACUACCCGACUGGCCAUGCUCAGGAACACCGCUAAGAAAGCCAUUGACCUGAUGGACCAGAAGGGUUGUGAGGAGGCGAAGCGGUACAACGCCAUGCAGCACCAGCGGAGCAUGUGCGAACUGCGCCUGCGCGACCUGCAGACCCUGCUGGACUCCAUGGAGCUGGCGGGGUCAAAGGGACCCAAGGACAUCGAACAGGAACAGGUGAUCCGACAGCUGGAGAACCGGAUCGACAAGAUGCGGAUCCGGAUCAACACCGCCAAGAACAUCCGCCACACGUACGAGGAGAUCAUGCACUAUCUUAAGGAGGUAGGAACUAGUUCACAUGUUCCGCGUUCCGACUUGGUUGGAUGAACACUCAAGAAAUUU